CUAGUGCAUCUCUCACCCACAUCAUCCCAGCUACAUCCACCGCAACCAUGUCCCUCCCCACUACGAUGAAGGCGCUCGUGUGCAACGAGACCGAGGACGGCGCGGUCGUCAAGGACGUGCCCGUGCCGGCGCUCAAGGACGGCGACAUCCUCGUCAAGGUGGCGUAUGCGAGUGCCCAAGCAGGCGACAACUACUACAUCGACACGCGCUCGCCGCCCAACGCGAUCCUCGGGUGCGACUUCUCCGGGCUAGUCGUCGCCGGCGCGCUGCCAAAGGGCACCCGCGUCGCGGGCUUCGUGUACGGCGGGCCGUACCUCGACAAGGGCGCGUUCGCAGAGUAUCUCGUCACGCGCGCGACCCUCGUGUGGGAGCUGCCGGCGGACUACAGCCUCGCCGACGCGGGCAGGUUUGGCAUCCCGUGGGCGUUCGCGCUGCAGGUCAUCCUGCAGAGCCAGGGGAACGGGUUCCCGCUCAAGAAGGCGCGCGGACACUACCUCGUGUACGGCGGCUCGACGUCCGUCGGGCUGUUCACGAUCCAGCUCGCCAAGCUCCUCGGCUACGAGGUCAUCGCGCUCGCUAGUCCUGCGACGUCGGACAUCGUGAAGCACGCAGGCGCGGACCACGUGUUCGACUACAACUUCCCCGAGGAGGCGCUCGACGCCAUCCACGACGUGACGGGCGGCGGCGUGUCGAUCGGGUUCGACACGAUCGCCAACGACGACAGCGUGCGGUUCUGUCUGAAAGCGUUCGGCGUGCUGGGCGGCACGCUCAACAUCGCCCUCGAGUACUUUGACCAGACGAUCCGCUACUCGCGCAAGGAGGUCAAGGUCAACUUUACGCUCGUGUUCACCAUGCUCGGGGAGGAGUUUGACUUUGGCGGACGCAAGGUCCCCUCGAGUAUCUGGCCGCGCAACGAGACCGACUACGAGUUUGGCGUGCAGGCCUACAAGGAGACCCCAGGGCUUAUUGCCAAGGGCAUCAAGGCGCCCGCUGGCGAUGUCCGCGGCGGGUUGGAGGACAUUGUGGCCGGCUUGGCCGAGCUCAAGGCUGGCAAGAUCAGGGGCAAGCGCCUCGAGUUUAAGAUUGCCGACCUCGAGUAGAUUGUUGUGUAAUGAAAUGUUGUGAAAGGACGUUUUUGUGUGGUCAGCGGAUAUCCUAUGGUGACUUGUGUCAACCCAACACUAUCCCCCUUCAUACCAAUCCCUGCUAGUACGAUGCGAC